CCUGUGAAGCGUUCACAGGUCUCUCCUGCCGCUGUUCUCGGACCGAACCACCGUGUUCACACCGUCAGCGCGGCUGUUCCCGCACAGCGUCUCAUUUAAGAACUUCCGGUGAGAAUUUAACACCUGGGAAGAGAUAAUUACUGCUCCUUUCUCCACCAGCGCGAUUUUAACACAACUUCCAGAGGCAUCAUGCAAGUUUACGUGGCUGUGAUCUUCGCGUACGGAGUGUCUGCACUCAAUAUCACAGAGGAGAAGGGUACAUGCCCACUUGGAUAUUUUCCCUGUGGCAAUCUGACAGUUUGCCUCCCGCAGCUCCUGCACUGCAACGGCAUUGAUGACUGUGGAAACCAGGCAGACGAGGAGAACUGCGGAGACAAUAAUGGGUGGCCGCACCUUUUUGACAAAUAUUUUGGCAUGCCAAGUCAUAAUACCCGGACCAAGUCCAACAUUUGCUUGCUGGGUGUCGUUCCUGAGCUCUGCCAGUGCCGAGACCUGGAGCUGGACUGUGACAGCGCUCAGCUCCGAGAGAUCCCCGUAGUGGCGAUAAAUGUCACCGUUAUGUCCUUACAAAGAAACAGACUUCACAGGCUGAAAGCAAAAGGAUUCUUUAACUACCAAAGCCUACAGAAACUAUAUUUACAGCACAACAAUAUUAAAGAUGUGAAUCCUGAUGCAUUCAGAGGGCUUCAUAAUCUAACAAGACUGUACCUGAGUUACAACAAGAUAAUAGUAUUGAUGCCAGGAGUGUUCAAGGACUUGCACAAGCUGGAGUGGCUGAUCCUGGAAAACAAUAAUAUCCAUCAGAUAUCUGCCAUGACAUUUUCAGGACUGAACUCUCUUGUUUUACUGGUUUUGUUGAACAACUCCCUGGCAAAGUUGGAUGACAUCUGCAGGGAAAUGCCCAGACUGAACUGGCUGGACUUGGAGGGAAAUCUAAUUGAAAAAAUUGGAAAUGCUUCUCUCCAUUCAUGCACCAUGUUGACAGUUCUGGUGUUACAGCGAAACAGGAUCAGCUACAUACACGAACAAGCAUUCUCAGUCCUCCAAAAGCUCGGAGAAUUGGAUCUGUCCAACAACAGACUGGUGGCCAUACCUCCCAAUCUAUUUGUCUUGCUGGAGGAUUUGCUCCAACUAAACAUAUCCUACAAUCCCAUCGUGGAGCUUCAACUGGAUCACUUUGACAAGUUACAUAAACUGAAGUCUUUGAGCAUAGAGGGAAUAGAAAUUGAUAACAUACAGCGAAGGAUGUUUGAACCUCUCAGAUACUUGACUCACAUCUAUUUCAAGAAGUUCCAGUACUGUGGCUAUGCCCCUCACGUGCGCAGCUGCAAGCCCAACACAGAUGGCAUCUCGUCUUUUGAGGACCUGCUGGCCAACAUCGUCCUGAGGGUUUUUGUCUGGGUUGUCUCUGCCACCACAUGCUUUGGCAACAUCUUUGUCAUUUGCAUGCGCUCGUAUAUCCGCUCUGAGAACAAACUCCACGCCAUGUGCAUCAUCUCCCUCUGCUGUGCUGAUGGCCUGAUGGGUAUUUAUCUCUUCAUGAUUGGUGUGUAUGACCUGAAGUUUCGUGGUGAAUACAAUCGUCAUGCUCAAGCCUGGAUGGACAGCACUCAGUGUCAGGUCAUUGGCUCUUUGGCUAUGCUGUCUACCGAAGUGUCUGUGCUUCUCCUCACAUAUCUCACCUUGGAGAAGUACAUCUGUAUCGUGUACCCGUUCCACUACCUAACUCCCGGCUGGCGACGGACUGUCAGUAUUCUAUUCGGGAUAUGGGUGUUUGGAUUUGUCAUCGCCUUUUUGCCUCUGGCCUGCAAGGGUUUAUUUCACAACUUCUAUGGUACCAAUGGGGUCUGCUUCCCUUUGCACUCGGAACAGCCAGAGACGCCUUGGGCACACGUGUACUCCAUUGUUAUUUUUCUUGGUCUCAACUUGGUGGCAUUCCUCAUAAUUGUCUUCUCCUAUGCAAGUAUGUUCUAUAACAUCCAGAGAACAGGCACUCAGACCACCAAGUACAGCAACCACAUAAAAAAAGAAGUGACCAUCGCCAAGCGGUUCUUCUCUAUUGUCGUCACUGAUUCCCUCUGCUGGAUCCCCAUUUUUGUUCUCAAGAUCCUUUCACUGUUGCAAGUGGAAAUUCCUGGCACCAUCAGUUCCUGGGUCGUCAUCUUUAUUCUCCCCAUCAACAGUGCCCUGAAUCCCAUCCUCUACACGCUAACCACGCGGCCUUUCAAAGAAACAAUCCUCCAGGUGUGGGCAAACUACAGACAGAAAAGGCCUUUGCUCAGCGGUCACCCGCCACAUCAUCCGUCGCUCACCUGGCAGGAAAUGUGGCCCCUCCAGGAAAACAGCCAAGGGUGUCCACUGGAGGCGAAAGACACAGCAGCCAAACUCACCCCCGUGGAGAAUCCGGAUAAUGGUUACAAUGACUUUAAUACGAGCACGAAACAACAACAGCAGAAGCAGCAUGCCGUGUUAUCGGUGUGCUCGCAGAAUAAUUCGGUACCCCAAACACUCACACAUAUUCACAUGUUCACACAAACAAAUGACCUCCUCUAAGUGACUAAGAAUGCAUCUGUUCGUAUGUCUGUAUAAUUCUCCUCAACCACAUUAACGUUUCAGGUUCAUUCAUUUAAACUCUUAAUUAUUUCAUUAACAAUGAAACUUAAUUAUUUCAUUAACAAUGAAACAUCUGUGCACAGAUUUCUCAUUUAAAGUGAAAACUCAUGCCAGCAGCAUUCAUGAGGCUUAGCAGUAAAUACAGUUAUCAAAAAUUUAUAACUACCUUGUUAAACUUUUUACUCACCAUUUUCUCUAGAACUCACCUCACUUACAAAUCAAAGAUGAAGACUUUCAUUACAAAUGUUACUUUUUAAAAUGCAAGUUAGAUUAAUCUCUGUAAAUGAGAAUGUCAUUUAAUAAGUUUACUUAUCUCAGCAGUUUAAUACUGAAUAAGAAAGUCAUGCAAAUUAAUCAGUGUAUUCAAACAAUUUUAUUAUUAUUAUUUGUUUAAUCAUUCCUUACAGCUAAUAAUAAUCCAAAAUGUAGGUUCUGAGAAAGCCAAUCGACACCAAUAAAAAAAACGAUUUUUUUAAAUACAUAAUCUAAUGUUACAGGCAAAAAAUAAUGAAGAACUCUUGUCCUUGACAUUUGCCCAGCAGACAGUGCUGACUUCCUCCACAAGGAUAAACUGCUAAAUGUCAGUGCUAAUAUAGCUAUCUUUUUACUCAGCGCUGAAUAUCAGCAAAUUCAACUUAUAUGAAUUUGAGGCUCAACUAAGCAUCAUGUGUUUAAACUUUACAGUACAUGAACAUACUUUUUCUGUUAUCCAACUUAAAACAUUUAUUUAAACAUGCAGGACAUUGAUAAAGAGGAUUAUGGAGAAUUGGAACAGCAGACAUAAGAGGGACUUAGUUUCAUAUCAGUUGCUUCCAAAAACUGCGUAUUCCCCAGAGUUCUUCUAAAAAUUCAAAUAUUUUUUCAAUUAAAUGAGAGAAAUUGUGAACUCAUGAUAGUAGUUUGGCAGGAAUCAUUAUCGCACCAUAUUCGAACUCUAUAAAGUGACUGGUUAUGAUGCCAGUGAUGCAUUGAGUCUGUGUAAUGGCUUAAAGGCCUCACAGAAGCGUUUCUGUUUAUUGUCGCUGUGCUUUGCUGUAAAACAGAUUAGUGAUUCAGAAGUAGCUCCCACUCCCUGCUGUAGCCUCUGGUUCUGGUGGCGCAGCUUUUGUUGACUGCAGCAGUGCACAAAUAGAGAGAUGUGUAGCAGAAUAAUUAGGCUGUUAAGAUGCUUUCUGUUUCAUUAUCUACUCCUAUGGGUUCUCUACUUACAAAAAGAAAGAAGGAAUCAGAGUAAUAAUAAUGUGCCUGGGUUUUCCUUAACAUAUAAUCGAGAUGUCUCGCCAUCUGAUGAACAUAAGGUCUGAGUUCUUCAUUCUUAUCUAUGUUCUGACUCCAAACAUUUGCACCCAACAUCCAAACUAACUCUAUAAGAUACACAUUGACUGUAGUUGCAUAGGUAUUAGACCAGUUAGGGUACCUGCAGUGAUCCCUGUCACUGCUGAAAGAACCAACAUGUAGACUCAUGAGUAUCAGACCUGGAUUAUGGAGCAAUGAAAGAUGAUGUUCUGGUCUGAUGGAUCAUGUUUUCUCGUCAUCAGCCAUCAGAGAUUUUGGUGUCUUAUUCAGGCUUUGGAACAUCAAGUGUCUUAUGUUUGGCAGUGGCUAUAUGCUGUGUUUUGGGGAGCUGGUAGUCAAAUUCAAAGUUUUCUAAAGAAUUUAAUGCUGAGAGACCUUCAGUGAUGCAAAAAAAUAAAGGAAAAAAAUGUGUUUCCAUUGCAUUAGCUAAAAAAACAAACAAUAAAAACUCUACUUCAGGCUACUGAAAAACCUUUUUGUUCAAUAUUGCCAUGUUUCCAUUAAAGCAAAUUUAUUUUCAGAAUUCCAGUUUGUGCAAUUUUAAUGUGAAUGGCAGCUAAUGCUUCCUGCUUUGUCCAGGUUAUACUAAAGCAAUUGUGAUAGCAACAACUCCCAAAAAAUGGUCAUAACGCUAUGCCUAAUUGAUGUAGAAAAAUCCAUUUUAUGAACUGACGUUUUAAGCUUCUGCAGCUGAGAAGGCCAUUACCAGACUUUAACAAUUAGUUCUGUAAAACCUGCCCUGUGAGAUUUCCCUCCAUUACUUUAAGCACUCAGACAUAGAAGUUACGCACUUCAGGAUUAUUGUAACAUACUUCAAUUACAUCCACUGUCUGAGUCUUGGGUAAAAAUGGAAGUGAGAUGGAGUGAUGCUAAAUUUUAAACCCUUCUGUUUAUCUAAAAUAAGUUUCCUGGAGACACAGAGGAGGAUUUGUUGGUGCGAAUGUGAGAAGCAUACAAACACACUGAUGUUUAGCUUUAAGGCAACCCAUGUGAUUAUUCCAAGCAUGUACAUGUGUCACUGCUUUUCAUGCACAAGUGGGUCCCUCUCAGCAGAGUUUGUUUCUCCACAAGUGGGUUUGUGAAUCACUGUGGAUGCAAAAAAUCCAUUUUAUUUCGUAGAUGUUCAUUUGUGGCUGCUCUCAAUUUCUUCAAGAUGAGAGAUUUCCCGUGUAUUCACUGAUGUAAAUAUGGACCUUCUCGGUGUGUGUGGAAACACUUUUUCUGCUCCCAGCAGGAAGCUUGAGCAAAGACAGGCACCCUGGCUUCAUACACAUGAAAGGUCACCUGCAGAGGAAGUACAGCACAUGGAUUCUCAGUGCCAUUAUUGCAGUUUCCUAAACCAGGCCAGCUAAACUUGUUUGCUUGAAGAACCACUGAGAUGACAGCUAUAUUCCACCUGCUGUUAUCUAACAGAAAAUAUAUAAAUAAAUAAAUUAUCUGCUGAAUGGAUGACAUGCCUCGGGUUGCUACAUGUCUGCUGCAUUCCUAUUUCAUGUAGCUACACUACAGCAUGGAUUUGGUAAUUGCAAAGAUUGUUAUACAUACAUUUACUCUAAACAGAAUUGACUUUUCGUCCUGGAGAUAGAAAGUGCUGAUGUCAGUCUUCCAUCAAGACAUGUAAUGUAGCAACAGCCCAAGGUUGACGUUCCUGACUUUUACGGACACAUUUUGAGAAUAAAACAUUCUCCAAACCUGUGCUGAUUGAAAAAAACCACAGUGCCAUCCGCACAGCUGAAGGCUCUUGGCCGUCUAAGUCUGUGCUUUUAACUGUUCAUCUUACAAUUCAAACUUGUCAAAUACUCUGAGAGCAGUUCUGACAGCUCCUGCUGUUGAGCUGAAUACAUAGAGGAAGAAUCAGAAAGGCCAUUCAUUUGUCAAUGCACAAUCCAAUUAGCAAAGCAAUCAAAAUUUGCUGAUUUAUUACGAUUAUUAACUUUUAAAAGAAAUGAAUAAGUGAACUUCUUAAAAUAUUUUCACCCUGUUUCAUUUCAGCUUCUAGGCUGAAUGAAAUUCAUCCAGCUUCUAAAUUUAUUUAAAUCUACCGUCAAGUAUAAAUAAAAUGUGAAAGAAAUUUCUCUCUGUCAUUAUUUAUGAACCUCAUGGUUUGGACCCUUGUAGAAAUAAUAUAUUAGAUGAAAUCUAUUUUUUCUUUAUAAUGUUACUAAAGUCCAUUGAGGUUUGCAAACGUUUGAUGGUGUACAGCUUCUUUUAGGUUCCACAGCUCCUCAGUUAUUUUCAUUUACAACCUUUCGUGGUUAUGUUUGCUUUUAUUAUUGAGAUUAUUCUUCAGUUUUAUGAAUGCAUUUCAGCCAAACCUCAGGUAUCAGAGAGAGAUGGCCUCACAUUUGAUCCAUACAGUGGAGUCUUUGUUUAGAUCUUCUGUCUGCACAUAACCAGAAUUAAACCAUAAACUCUGAGCUGUUCUGUGUCUGAUAUCCUGAGCCGGGAGUACUCUGGCUCUCGCCCCAUGAUGGCCAGAAUCUGCCCUGUGAUCCUGCAUGUUUAUGAUGCACACGCCUAUUCAAAAGCUUGACAGAGACGCCAACUUAGCACAAGCCUGCUCUUGGUUUCUCUGCUAAAAACCACAACAGUGAUUUUAGGUCAUCUUCCCACUUCUGUCUUGCUUUGGCCUGACUGUUUAUUUGAAUGAAAAGUGAAUGACGGAGAGGGAAACAUGGAAGAGAGCCGAAGAAAAGAUAACAUAUACGUUGCAGAAGUCUCCAUAGUUCAUCUCUGAUUUUAUCCAGCCCCAAGAUCUUCUUCAUUCAAAAUUAAAUGCAGUUAAUGAGGACAUUAUUGCUCUCUGACUCAGUUUAGGUAUUAAUACCAAUACUUAGAUAAAGGAAAAUUAGAACUGUAAGCACUUAUGAAAGGGUUCCAAGUCUCUGGGCCUGCCUCUUCCAGGCCAUUACAUCAGGUGCCUCAUCAACCCAUCAUGCAACAACUAUGUAAUAAUACUGCCAGCUUCCUUAAAGAUACAUCCAGACCUUAAUUACAAUGUAAUAUUGCUAAAGCUAAAAAAUGAAUUAAAAAUCUAAAAUAUCUCCUACACUGUGUUCAGAAUGUGGUUACACAUUCUGAUGAUCAGUGAAUAAACUGGCUGCAACUUUCUUUUAAAAUGUAAGAAGCAGGAAUGUAUUUACAUUUAUUUGUUUUUUUUAUAAUACAUUGCAUUAUAAAAAAGCAAAAAAUAUAUAUCUCUUUUGCUUUUUUUAAAGAAAAAAAAGAUAAUUUUUGCUUUGUCUUUGUUUCAGGAAUUUGACAAUUGAAUUGUACAUUUAAAAUCACAGUUAAUCAAUUUCAGAACCUUUAAAGAUCAGAUCAUUUGUGUCCUGAUAAUAAAAACUCCCAGACCUGAAAACGGCAGCUGCUCUGUUUUCUCUAUCAUGACAGUAUUAUAUCUACAAUAUUAAUCAGAAUUGCACUGAGCUUGUUAGGUAUGUUUCAUCCAGUAUUUCCAUUAUUUUUCUACCUAGUACUGCAGAAACAGGCUCUGAAAUAACUAAUCUAGAGCUCACAUUUAACCAAAACCUGACAAAAAAAUAAUUAUCACCUCUUCCAAUUCUGAUCAGCACAUACGCACACGUAGGGUGUCAAAUCACAACUACAACACAGAUAUACUAUGGUUAUUGUGUUUAUUUGGAGUUGACCUAUCUUUACAUGUUGACAAUGCAUUUUAUAUUUAUGUCAGCAAGCCAUCCAACAAACAGCACUAACAACACAUCUCUGCCAGGGUGAGAAUAAAGAAUCUCAUUACUUUCUAUCCUGCAACUCGGUCGGGUGUUAUAAAUAAAACAAAAGUAACAGCAGUUUGUGUUCAUCUGCUGCUGUUCAUUGUUUACCUUUAAAGCUGGGUCAAAUAGGCAGAUAUACUGAAAACUGGUAGGAAAAUCAAAGCACAUCUCCCUUUAUGAUGUGCAGUCUAAAAAUGUUAUUUGUGGCAUCAAAAAAAGAAGAAAAUUGGGAUUUUUAAAAUUAUUUUCAGUUUGUAUUGAGGAAUAUUGUGCUUUUGUCUGGUUCCCAAUGUAUUUGUCACAAUUUUAGGGCGAAAAAACAUUUUAUUCUCUUUUAGUGGAAUGAUCCUGUUUACGGCUAAGAUAAACAUGCUUAUAUGUUUCACACAUUUUGUACUGUAUAUAUGAACAGAGUCUGUCCUGUCCUUUUAGUUUUCGCUUUUUUCAUGUCUUUUAUAGCUGUCUUAGUGUCAUGAAUAAUUAUAACUACAAAUGUUCAUUCUGUUACAAGCAAAUGUUUAAAAAUUUCAAGUGGACAUGCAUCAAUGAUUCAUUAAAAAAUUAUGCUUAGUUUGACAAUUAGAUUCUUGUCCAAUCAGUCUCUGAAUAGUACUAUCAAACAACUGAAAGGGUUAAUCACUCAAUCAAGUUCCCUUUUCAGAAUUAACAGGCUCUCCACAAUGCAUUUCAUUCUCAAUUUUAGAGAAAUAUAAAAAACAUUUCAAAGACUUUCUAAAAAAUAAUCAAUGCAGCCUUUUAUUAUAUUUCAUGCUCAGUUAGCAGAAAGCUUUGUUUCUCCUUUCAUACUAUUAAUUAGUAUUUCCUGAAUGUAAUAUAACAGUCUCUUUGUGUUCAACAAGGAAUGUACUUAUUUUGGACAGGAAUUAAAUUAAUAAGUUUUGUGUGUCAGUUGUUGCAACACAAGAAGCAUUUUUUUACAUCCUGUUAAGCUAAACCCCCAGCUGGUUUGGGGGUUUGAUCUUCAUCUCACAAACCCCAACAUCACAACACAUUUUUUACACUGUGAAGUACCAUACUGGCAUUUG